AUGUCGGCGUCUGGAUCCACCCAGGCCGUGCCGCUACACCUCACGUCACUGGCCAUUCUCGCGCCAAACAAUUCCCCGCUAUACGUUCACUCGUUCACGGGGAAGGAUGACGAGUUGCGCGCAUACCACCUCGCGCAUGGGGCCGUCGACGUGAUCGAGGAGCGGAUCGUCAUGACCUCGUCACCAAACCGGCCGGCCGACUCUUAUCUUGGCCUCCUGUUCUGCAUGGAGGACAUGGCUUUCUACGGCUUCCAAACCCCAACCAAACUCCGCAUGGUCCUCAGCGUAGGCCUAGUCGACGCAGCCAUAAAGGACAGCGACAUCGUUGCCAUCUUCCGCGCCGUACACCAACUCCUCCUGCGGGCCAUGAACAACCCGUUCCUAAGCCUGCCGGCCAGCUUCACCGCCAAGCCCGCUCCACCAGAGGAGGGCACGACACAAGAGAACGGGGUAGAGGCGGCCCGACCUCGCAACGAGCCCGUGCCGAACGACAGCAUGUUCCGGUACGGGCCGGAGGACCUCAAGGCUGACUGGCUGGCUCGGAGUGGCGUGUUCACCCGCGGGAUUGACAAGCUGGGCUCGCUCUUAGCGGGUCCUAAGUCAUAUGCCUAUGUACAUUGGAUUCAACAACGGUCCUGCUUGAGUGUUCGCUGGCUUGGCACCUCUGACGGGAGCUGGAUGCGGCCUACAUUUCUACAACCCGUGCUGGACAACCACUCACCGCGGUCCUGGCCACGGCGGUGCCGAGCCAUCCUCCACCUCGCGCCGCCACGGCCCGCAGCCCAUGCAGGUUGCAUGCAGACCCAGAACGGAGCCCUUCAUUGA